AUGGCAGCACGAACUGCUCUCAGCCUUCUUGCCGUUCCACUUGCCUUCGUUUCGGCCUGCGCACCAGAACUCUACAAGCGCGAUGGCGUUCAUCCCAUCCACAAGAGACAGCACAUUCCAAAUACUAUCGCGGACACCAGGGGUUGGACCUUCGAUCAAUCCGAAGAAUGGAACACUCUUCAUGCUGACUGGGGCUACUGCAUGAACGGAAUCCAACAAUCCCCCAUCGCCUACGAAUCCUGGAUGGGAUCGUCUCAAAAACACCAGCCAACAUUCAACUACCCGAACUCUGUCUUCGGAUCCCUCAACAACUGGGAUUUCGGCCCCCAAUUCACCUACGACGACUCCGGCGUCAAACCCACUCUGCAUUUUGAGGAGAAUGGCAAGAACGAGACCGUCUACUUCAAGAGCUGGCACACCCACGCUCCAGCCGAACACACCAUCGACGGUUGGAGACCAAAGGCCGAGAUGCACUUCGUGCACUACACCGCCGAUGGCACGCCUCGCGCAGUCGUUGGGUUCUUGAUCGAUCGUACGCCUCAGAGCCAGGGUUCCGAGUUCUUCUCGCAGAUGGCGGAUUCGCCUGACUUCCGCUCCAACACCACAGUUGCAGAUAUCGAGAUCAACUUGAACAUUGCUAUCAACGAGGUUCUGGGCUAUACCGAUUUCUUCACGUACCAGGGUAGCUUGACGACGCCGCCAUGCAAGGAGGGCCUGAGGUGGUUCGUUGCGAAGCAGGUCAUUUACAUGAGCGACUUGCAGAUGCAGACACUUCUCGACAGGAGCACUUUCUCGGCGAGACCCACUCAGCCUGUGUGGUUGCACAAUGUCAACGCCUGA